GGCAGUCUGCGGAGGGAAGAGCUGGUAGAAGCACUCUGCUACAGGACUAAACUCUAUUUUCAAAUCUAUAGAGCCAGCCUGGAUUCUGCCUUCCCUCUCCUGGCUUCUCCAGUGAGCUGCUCUGCUCAAUCUGUGCUGAGAUAUCCUUCUGAUCUUGGCACCUGUUCCAACUCGUCAGCCAGGUGAAGGUGAUUCUUUCUCUGACUCCCUCAGCCAUUGUUUUUGGGCUGCUUUUCCUCCCUCCCUCCCUCCUCUCUGUGUUCAGCCCUGCCUCAUGCUUUGAGUGAGUGGGUUUGGCUGUGGCUUGCAGUGCGCGUGGAGCUCCAGAAUAUUCCUCACUAGAGUGAAGGUGUGGAACACUGGAGUAGAAUACUGAGACAGAACAGUGAGGUGAUUUGGUGAGGUAGAAUUAUUUAGUAGAAUACUGAUUUAGAACACUGAGGUAGAAUUAUUUAGUAGAAUACUGAUUUAGAACACUGAGGUAGAAUUUCUGUGUAGCGUUUUGAGCUGGAACUUUAGCAAUAACUUUAAUUCUGAAGUAGAGUACUGUGGUGGAAUACUUGAUCGGAAUACUGAGCUAGAAGUAUUUUGUGGAACAUUGAGGUAGUUACUGUAGAUUAGGGAGGAUGGGGGGUCAUACUGCAGUGGUGUGUUUGGUUCUGCUGGCCCUAUGCUGUGUGCUACUGCUAAGAGGAGGGGAGAGCGCAGGAGGCAUAGUCUCUAUAGGCCAGGCUGUGGAGGAGAGAGGGAUGGAUGGAGGAAUGGAGGCCCUACAUGGAGAGGAGUCCCAGGAUGAGCUGGCUAAAGAACAGGAACUCACAGAGACACAAAGACAGACUGGCAAGGCAAAGAGAACCACAGAUGAAGAAGCCAUACCAGCCCGGGUCAGGAGAGCCCCAGAGGAGGAGGAGGGCAAAGGGAAGAAAAAAAAGGGCAAGAAGGACAAGAAGAACAAGGAGUCUAAAGCAGACAAAAAGCUGAAGGACAAGGGAGGCCGCCGCGGCAAAGCACCAACAAUUCCUCCACCGACCACUACCACACUACCACCGACCACUACCACAGAGGUGUACACAGAGCCAGCGCCCACAGAACCUGACCCCUACCCAGACUUCCCCUAUUUAGACAGCGAGGAUGACUACUGGAACCCUGAUGAUGAUAAGCCAGCCACCCCAGAGACUGACUCAGAGGAUGAGUACUGGAACCCUGAUGAUGAUAAGCCAGCCACCCCAGAGACUGACUCAGAGGAUGAGUACUGGAACCCUGAUGAUGAUAAGCCAGCCACCCCAGAGACUGACUCAGAGGAUGAGUACUGGAACCCUGAUGAUGAUAAGCCAGCCACCCCAGAGACUGACUCAGAGGAUGAGUACCGGAACCCUGAUGAUGAUAAGCCAGCCACCCCAGAGACUGACUCAGAGGAUGAGUACUGGAACCCUGAUGAUGAUAAGCCAGCCACCCCAGAGACUGACUCAGAGGAUGAGUACCGGAACCCUGAUGAUGAUAAGCCAGCCACCCCAGAGACUGACUCAGAGGAUGAGUACCGGAACCCUGAUGAUGAUAAGCCAGCCACCCCAGAGACUGACUCAGAGGACGACUACUGGAAGGGAGAGGAAGAGGAGCCUGCAGGCCCAGUGGUCGACCCAGAAGAUGACUAUUGGAAGGGAGAGGACCCGACGGCCAUACCCCCCCCUCUUGUGGUGGAUGGAGAGGUGGAUACGGGAGAUGAAGACUACUGGGAAGCCAAAUAUGAGGUGCCCGAGAAUCUUCCUUUCCCUGACGGUAAAGAGGUCGUCCCCACAGAGAAAAAUGACUUAAGCUACGCUGUCACAGAGGAUUCUAUUACACCACCACCUACCUAUGAAAGCCCAUGGUACGAGGAGUAUGACUACGGAUAUAGUGGUGGAGAGACAAAAAAACAGGAGGAGGAGGAGGAGAGGGAGAGACAAAGGAAAGAAAAGGAGAGAGAGGAUAGAGAGAGAGCUCAGCAGAGGAGGGAGGAGGAAGAUAGGGAAAAAGCCAAGAAGAGACCACCCGUAUUCAAAGAGCCCAAAAAGUGUCCUCCACUGGGUAUGGAGUCUCACAGGAUAGAAUCAGAGCAGCUGCUGGCCUCCUCCAUGUCUCACCACCGUUACAGCCAGGGCAGGGCACGGCUCAACAUGCAGGCUUCAGAGGAUGAGGAGGACAUGCGUGGUGGUGCGUGGUGUCCUAACCAAGAAGACAACAUUCACUGGUUUGAGAUUGACGCUCGCAGAGCAACAGAGUUUACUGGGAUCAUAACACAAGGGCGAGACUCACGCAAUGAGAGUGACUUUGUGACAUCGUACUAUGUGCAAUUCAGUAAUGACAGCAGAGAAUGGACAACCAUGAAUGACGGUUACUCUGACUGGUUGUUCUUUGGUAACUCUGAUAAGGACACCCCAGUGUUGAAUCAGUUAGCUGAGCCUAUACUAGCUCGCUACAUCAGAGUCAUCCCUCAGAGCUGGAACGGCAGUUGCUGUAUGAGGCUGGAGGUGCUGGGAUGCCCACUGCCUGACCCCACCAGUGCCUACCAGAGGUUGCAGAAUGAGGUGACUCCAGUCCAGUACCUGGACUUCAGACAUCACAACUACUCAGAUAUGGUCACGCUGAUGAAGUCUGUGUCUGAGGAGUGUCCCAACAUCACCAGUAUGUACAGCCUGGGCCGCAGCUCCAAUGGACUAGACAUCGUGGCCAUGGUGAUAUCAGGCAACCCCACAGAACACGAGAUAGGUGAGCCAGAGUUCCGAUACACGGCUGGUCUCCAUGGAAAUGAGGCGACAGGGCGGGAGAUGGUUCUUCUUCUGAUGCAGUACCUUUGUAAGGAGUACAGAGAUGGCAACCCCAGAGUGCGCCGCCUGGUGGAGGGAAUACGUACCCACCUGGUGCCCUCUCUGAAUCCUGACGGACAGGAGAAGGCCCUUGUAGCGGGUUCAGAGCUGAGUGGUUGGACCACAGGCCACUGGACGGAGGACGGCCAUGACAUCUUCCACAACUUCCCUGACCUGAACAGUGUUCUUUGGGAGGCAGAGGACAAGGGUAUGGUGCCCAAACUGACCCCCAAUCACCAUGUCAAGAUCCCUGCUGACACAGUGAGGGACGACAAGAUAGCUGUGGAGACUCAAGCCAUCAUCUCGUGGAUGGAGAGCCACCCGUUUGUACUGGGGGCCAACUUCCAGGGAGGGGAGAGGGUAGUGGCCUACCCCUACGACAACCACCGCCUAACCAAGGCCGCCAGCACCAGUGAGAGAGACAGGGCACACAGCCGCAAGAAGAGACAGUACGAGGAUGAGUAUGACAGAGGGGCAGAUUGGGAUAGAGGCUACGGCCGUGAGGAGCCAGAGGAUGAUGAUAGAAACAGGGGAUACCAGGAACCAGAAGAGGACCGGUGGAACAGGGGAUACCAGCAGCCGGAAGAGGACCGGCAGAACAGGGGAUACCAGGAACCAGAAGAGGACCGGCAGAACAGGGGAUACCAGGAACCAGAAGAGGACCGGUGGAACAGGGGACACCAGGAACCAGAAGAGGACCGGCGGAACAGGGGAUACCAGGAACCAGAAGAGGACCGGUGGAACAGGGGAUACCAGCAGCCGGAAGAGGACCGGUGGAACAGGGGAUACCAGCAGCCGGAAGAGGACCGGCAGAACAGGGGAUACCAGGAGCUGGAAGAGGAGUGGAGGGGGCAUGGCUAUGGACACAGGGAAGAGGAAGAGGAGGAUGACAGAGGGGGACAUCAGGAAGCAGAGCCUGAGGAUGAACCCAGGGCCACGGCAGACGCCUCCUUUUUCAGGUGGUUGGCUAUCUCCUACGCCUCCACUCACCUGUCCAUGACAUACACUUCCCACGGCUCCUGUCACGGCGAUGACAUCACUGGCGGCGUCGGAAUCAUCAACCGCGCCAAGUGGAAGCCCAUCACAGGAAGUAUGAAUGAUUUCAGCUACCUGCACACUAACUGUCUGGAGCUGUCAAUGUUCCUGGGCUGUGAUAAGUUCCCCCAUCAGACUGAGCUGGUCAUUGAGUGGGAGAAGAACAGAGAGGCCAUGCUCACCUUCAUGGAGCAGGUACAUCGUGGGAUCAGGGGCGUGGUGAAAGACGAAGAGGGGAACCCCAUCACUAAUGCCACAGUGUCUGUAGAGGGGGUCAACCAUGAUGUCACUACAGCUGUAACAGGGGACUACUGGCGCUUGUUGAACCCAGGUGAGUACCGUGUGACGGUGCGGGCAGAAGGCUUCACCCCCCUGACCAAGCUGUGUGUGGUGGGCUACGAGCCAGGGGCAACUACCUGUAGCUUUAACCUGGCCAAGUCCAACUGGGACCGCAUCAAACAGAUCAUGGCCCUGCACGGCAACAAGCCCAUCCGCUUGCUCAGCCACGGCGGAACACGACGGAACACCGCCUCCAACGGUAACAGCCGUUUGGUACAUAACAAUGGCGCUGCUGCCAAUGAACCUGAGACGAGUCGCAUGCGCCAGCAAAAGCGGAGGCUCAGCCGCCUCCGUCGUCUACGACAACAGAAACUGAUGAGAUCGACAACGACUUUGCCCCCGACAACCACGCCGGUUCCCACAACAACAAAAGCGGAGCCCACCACUGCCUGGUACGACUCGUGGCUCAUAGGAGAGGGGCAAACAUCGGCGCCAGAAGGUUUCACAGACUCCAUCUUGGAUUACAACUACGAGAUCGACGAUUACUAAGGGUAACACCAAGACCUUGUUCCAAUACAUCCUUCCGCCCCACUUCCUUAAAAUAAUCAAGGUAGGGAAGGAAGAAGUUGAACAGGACCAAUUUGUCAGUCAAGCCCAGACUGUUAACUAAAUUCCUGGACAAUAAAGUGACCCCUUGAAAAUCUGAAUAGACUGGAUAUGUUUAAGCAAUAUGGCUCCAAUAACUCCGGUAGGAUAGAUUGACUCUCCCCCUCCUAUAUUACUGAACCCAUCCAUUCUUUCAGAUCUACAAAUGGGCCACAAGAAGCGUUUAGGUAUAUUUACAGAAACUCAAAAGGAACAUUGAUGUUGAAUACAGUCAGGCACACAAGCUAAUGUCAGUGUUCUGUAGAACUGCUCGAGUAGGUCUUUUGAUACGAAGUUCAACACAAAUGAAAAUGUCAGUACUGAUAUCUGGGAAAGUCCUUUUACACCAAUUCAAGGCCUUCCUAGAGAAUGUACUUCAGAGAUCAUCUAUAUGUGCUGGUUGUAAAUUAAACAUAUUUUACCACCUCCACCCCCGAAGAGUAAAAACAAAGAAGCAGUUUUUCUUAGAAAAGUAUGGAUUUAUUUACAUUAUUUUCACCCAUGACAGCAAAACCAUAAUACCGACAGACAUUAAAAUGUUAACUUUACAAAAUGUUAGUUGAAGGUUGAGAGAACAAGAGAUUUUCUGAAAUGUUCCUCAUAACGUAGCUGAGGAAAGUUAUUUUUUCAAUUAAUAAAGGCUCAUUUAUGUACA